AUGGUUCCUUUCAAGACUCUUGCUUCUGCCGGCUUGUUGCUUCCAAUUUCGCCUCCGCUCAUCCUGAGAUCGUUGAAUGCUUGUUCUCGUUCCGACCAUGCUCUGGCACUUAAGUCUCGCUCGAUUUCGCGCCGAGCUCGAAAGGUCCAGAAACUUCGAGAGAAGCUCGGUAUCAAGACAGCACCUACGAAGCACCGCCGUGAUGAGGAUGAUAUCGUUGCUUGGGAAGGUGUCGACCAUAACCAGACCGGUAUUUUCAAUAACAACAUGCCCACUCCUCUCGAGACCGUCUUUGGUGCCAACUCUAGCUGCAUCUUAUCUCCUGAGGUCAAUGCCGGGCCUUACUGUAUUGUCGGUGAAUACUUGCGAUCAAACGUCAUUGAGAAGGAGCACUGCGACGGAGUUCCUCUGUUCCUCGAAGUCCAAUACAUCGACGUUUCUACUUGUGGAGCAGUUCCUAACCUAGCCACCGAUCUGUGGAACUGUAAUGUCGCCGGUGUUUACUCCGGCGUGAGCUCUCAGGCUGGCAUCAACACCACUUUCCUCCGCGGUAUCCAGGACACCGACGAUGAAGGUGUGGUUCAAUUCGAGACCAUUUUCCCCGGACACUACGAGGGACGUGCCAUGCACACACAUCUCCUUACCCACGCCAAUGCAUCCGUUUCCCCCAACGGUACAAUCCAAGUGUGGAACAGCCCUGUUUCACACAUCGGACAGCUUUUCUGGCCGGAAGAUCUACGCAAAGAAGUCGAGGCGAUUGCCCCUUACAACACCAACGAUGUCGAGGUUACUACCAACGAAGAGGAUAUGUGA